ACCGAUAGUCUUACUUCACUUCAACUGUUAUUCACAAUGACUCGGAGAAAAGGCAAUUCGUCGAGGGUUUCGACUCAACAAACCCACACAUCUAGCGAAGGAACAGCUCGUGAAAGUUCGCACCGACCCCGUGGCAGAGUCGGUCGGUUUCUGCAGAAGGUUAAGGGCGGGGUGAACAGCUUGAGAACCUCUCGCUCGAAGAAUUCCCGCAGCCACAGCCCUGUUCCCCAGAAUGGACGUGCUUCAUCGACUUCGGCGGCUCCGUCUCGUGUGCAAGUGGAGGCUGAUGCCCAAUCGGCUCGAGAGGCUGUAGAGGACAUGCAUUCACUUCCGGGACAUGCGACAACCGUGGUUUCUCUGUUUCAGGGAGCACGAGAGGAUCUCGAUACUGCGGACAAGUUCCAGGACACUUAUCUCGAACCCUUCAAGGUAUUCGACGAUGUUAUCGGGAAGAUCGCAGAUGUACAUCCAUAUGCAAAGAUGGCACUGGGCGUGUUGUCUAGCGCAAGCGAAUCGCGACAAAGCGGUACGCGAACUUUUCAAGAAGUUAGGUGAAGUUUACAGCUUCAUAAUGCAAGACGAGAUGCUUGGCCAGAUCUCGUCGAUACACGCUAUCCUUGGAAAGAUUUCUCAUCAGACCCGUGAAUGCGCCCAUUUUAUCAAAAAUUAUUCAAAGACCAAGAACUUUUGGAGCAGACUUG